AAACAGCACAUCAACAACCUGAGAAAACAUCCAAAGAAGAUGAGCUGCAACGUUUGGAAGAACGAUUAAAACUAGCAGGAGAUGUUGGUAUAACGGACCAUGAGGUCACUUUCUAUGACCUUGCAGGUCAACGUGUAUAUAACAUGACUCACCAGAUAUUUAUGCCAAGUAAUGGGGUCUACAUUUAUGUGACUGAUUUAUCAAAAGAUCUUGAUGCUGUAUGUGUUGAUGAAGAUGGAAAACUGACAAUGGAGGGCAAGACAUCAAAAGAAAGUAUUCUCAGUUGGAGUAAUUCAAUUCUAGCCUGUGUAUCCACAAAGACAGACUUACAACAUAAAUUCAACCCAAGUAUUGUUAUUGCAGGAACAAAGAUAGACAAGAUCACAAAGAAUAGAGAUGAAGUUAUCGCAAAACGUAAAAAGGCUAUUUAUCAAUGUUUGAUGGAAGAGACCAAGGUGGCAGCUACAUAUCUCCCCGUUAAAGGUACAAAGGUGUUUGCUAUCAGCAACAAUCCCGUGGAGGAAGUACAGCAAAUCAAUGAGAUUGAAGAGCUUAAAGAUAUGCUACUGAAACUCGCGCAAAGCAAGACAUAUAAAGUACCAGAUAAAUGGGUGACGUUGGAGCUUACCAUAAAGCGUGAUACACUAAAGAAGGAUCAUCUGAAAAUGAAUCUGAACGAGGUCUAUCGUGUUGACGACAAGGAUUUACAUAAUGUUGUUAUUACCCAUCCACAGCGGUUGGUCGACCUGUUCAGACUAGUAAUCACACAUAUGUUCAAACACGGUGAAGCAGAUGGAAAUACAGACCUAUAUUACAUGUGGGCAAAUUUGUCUAAUGAAGGGGUACUUGAAGUAAAGUUGGUGGAAGAAAUUCUUAAGAAGGAAGACCAUAUUGACAACAAGGAGAUUCUCUUAGAAACAUUCAAAAUGUUUGACAUCAUAAUUCCAAAGCCUGGUACCAAUACUGAAUACUACAUGGUGUGUCUCCUGAAGAAAGCCGGGGAAGCAAAGGUACUAUCUCCUAAAGGCAGUCAAUCCAGUUCCUCCCUCUACUAUCACUUCAAGCGAGGAUUUUUACCAGAUGGUUUCUUUCACCAGUUAGUCAUAAGAUGUCUAAAGAAAUGGCCAAAUGCUAAGCUGUACCAAGAUGAUGCAAGGUUUGGUUUGGGAGACAAUCAUUAUCUCAUCAUGUCCAAGAAGGCCUCUGACAUCCAACUGUCAGUGCUGACAACCAAUCCAAGGGCUGUAGAUCCAUCACAUGGUCCUGAAGUAAGACAGCUUGUAGAAGAGCACGCAGAUGUACUUGUGAAGAGAUACAACCCUGGCUUAUCAUAUGCAGUGUGCUUGAGAUGUGACUGCGGUGAUCAUAACUCCAGUCAAAUUGCACCUGAACAGAAUGUCCUUGACGGUGUGGAUGAUGGAUGUGUAGAAGUCAAGCAUGGUAAGCUUUUGUUCUGCCAAAGAGGAACUGAAAUGAGUGAUUGUGGUCGCUCGUUCUGGUUUCCUGAAU